AAAAAAAAAAGAAAAAACAAAAGUCGUACGAUUUCGGGGUGCGGGCGAACCGUAACCGACCCAUCGAAAAUGGUCCCGAUCGCAAAAAGAUCCCACCCGCAAAGACGAGAGAACGCCGAGUACAAAGCGGUCUCGAGACCCCGGGAGUACCGCCGACGACCCGGACGACGGCGCGCCCGAAUCGCAAAGGGCCCGGCUACAAUCCCGAGCCGACCAAAAGCGUGCCUCCGGGGAGGCGGGAGCCGGGGAACAACCACGACAAUAGAACAAGCCGGCAACUCACAACUACGAGACGGUUGCGGGAGAUGCAAAAGAUGGUUUAUCGCAGAGGAUUUGCGUAGUUGUGCGAAAAAUCCCCCAUUGGCGCGAUUUGGCUGAGCAAGUUAUUCAAACGCGGUUCGAGUUGCAACUUUAGUCAGAGGGGGUUGGAGUCGGAUUUGAACAAGAAUUAAAAAAGGGGCCAUUCCCGAUCGGGUCGUUACCUGCUCAAACACGCUCACGCCCGACGGUUUUACACGCCGCCACAGACGUCCCGGACGGCGGAAUGCAAAAAAGUACUUCUUGGAGGCGUCUCCCUCCAGGUUCGUGUAGACCUUCUGCGGGACGAUGCAGUAGUGAUGUGAUGUCUGUCUGUCUGUAGAACGUGCAUCCUUUACCGGUGGCAGAUAACUUACAGUUGAUUACCACUCAUCAUUGCGACAUUGUACAACACCACCACCACCAACAACACCACCACCAUCCCGAAAACAUGCGAGGCAGAGCACAGAGCAACUGCAGCGGCUCGAGCCGCUCGAGCACUUUGACAACAGCUGCAGCAGCGGCAGCGGGAGGAGAACAGGCGAGACACUUCAUCUUUGACAGAGACUGGUAUCCGGACCUCCCGCUGGUAAUACAGGCCAAUCAGCUGAUCAUCGGACGGCUAUCGCUGGGGUACCCGAUGGCGGAGCUGGUCGAGGAGUCGGCGAGGAACGAGGCGGGCUGCAGCCCGGGGACGAUGGCGGCCUACUUCCACCACGCCAUCACGUUGGAGCUGGCCUGCCUGAUGAGCAACGACACGGUGCAGAUGGCGAUUGUCAAGGGCGUCAGGGUGUGAUUGUUGAUGGACAGUAUCGUCAGUAAAGGUGCUUGGGCGGGGUUCGCAACUUGGGGUUCGGUGCCGGUUCCGUUUGGUUCGUUUUGGGAAAUCGUUGCAGUGCUUCUGGUUGUUGUUUUUGUUUCUACCAGAAUUGUAUGAGAGGGGGGGACAACAAUGGCGCUGGCGUUCAGGGCUGGCUUGGAGGUCAGGGCGACCGCUUCGGAAGGACGGUUUAUUCACACGUCUGGGAUAGCUCGAAAUUGAUCUGACACCAAUGGUCAUUCAAAGGACGGCAGAUUGUCCAC